GACACCCAGACUUGGACAGUCAGGACGCGAGUGCGAGGUCAGCGUCCGAGGCAGCGGCAGCUGGAGCGGCUCCGAGAUGCGAACGGCUCGGAUGGCCCCUAGCGUGGGGCGGCAGCUGCUGAGGUUGGCGAGCGGAAGCUCGCGGCCCAGUGCGUUCCUGGGCCAGCCCCGGCCUGGUUCUGCCCAGCGACUCUAUGCCAGUGGGGCCGCUCAGGCGGCUGUGGAGAAAGAGCCCCCCUCCUCUGAUGCUGCGACCAGGGAAAACCAGGCCAAGCCGGAAUCUAGGUCCUUUGCUGUGGGGAUGUUCAAAGGCCAGCUCAUCACCACUCAGGUGUUCCCGUACCCGUCAGUGCUCAACGAGGAGCAGACACAGUUUCUCAAAGAGCUGGUGGGACCCGUGUCUCGUUUCUUUGAGGAGGUGAACAGCCCUGCCAAGAAUGACGCUCUGGAGCUGGUGGAGGAGACCACUCUGCAGGGCCUCAAGGAGCUGGGGGCCUUCGGUCUGCAAGUGCCUAGCGAGCUGGGCGGUGUGGGCCUCUGCAACACACAGUAUGCUCGCUUGGCAGAGAUCGUGGGCAUGUAUGACCUUGGUGUGGCCGUCACUCUCGGGGCUCAUCAGAGCAUCGGUUUCAAAGGCAUCCUACUCUUUGGCACAAAGGCCCAGAAAGAGAAAUACCUCCCUAAACUGGCAACUGGGGAGACCUUGGCAGCUUUCUGUCUAACUGAACCCUCAAGUGGGUCAGACGCAGCCUCGAUCCAGAGCUCAGCUGUGCCCAGCCCCUGUGGGAAAUAUUACACGCUCACUGGAAGCAAGAUUUGGAUCAGUAACGGGGGCCUGGCAGACAUCUUCACGGUCUUUGCCAAGACACCGGUCACAGACGCAGCCACAGGGGCUGUGAAGGAGAAGAUCACAGCCUUUGUGGUGGAGAAGGGUUUUGAAGGUGUUACCCAUGGGGCCCCUGAGAAGAAGAUGGGCAUCAAGGCCUCGAACACAGCGGAGGUGAACUUUGAUGGAGUACGGGUGCCCUCAGAGAACGUGCUGGGCGAGGUCGGGGCCGGCUUCAAGGUCGCCGUGAACAUCCUCAACAAUGGAAGGUUUGGCAUGGCCGCAACCCUGGCAGGCACCAUGAGAGCCAUCAUUGCUAAGGCGGUGGAGCAUGCUGCUAACCGUACCCAGUUUGGGGACAAAAUUCACAACUUUGGGCUGAUCCAGGAGAAGCUGGCCCGGAUGGCUGUUCUGCAGUACGUGACUGAGUCCAUGGCUUACAUGCUGAGUGCCAACAUGGACCAGGGAUUCACGGACUUCCAGAUAGAGGCCGCCAUCAGCAAGAUCUUUGGCUCGGAGGCAGCCUGGAAGGUGACGGACGAGUGCAUCCAGAUCAUGGGGGGCAUGGGCUUCAUGAAGGAGGCAGGGGUCGAGCGUGUGCUCCGCGACGUUCGAAUCUUCCGGAUCUUUGAGGGGACAAACGACAUCCUGCGGCUGUUUGUGGCUCUGCAAGGCUGCAUGGACAAAGGAAAGGAACUCUCUGGGCUCGGCAAUGCUCUGAAGAACCCUUUUGGGAAUGCUGGCCUCCUGAUAGGGGAGGCGGGCAAACAGCUAAGGAGGCGGGCAGGGCUGGGCAGUGGCCUGAGUCUCAGCGGGAUUGUGCACCCAGAGUUGAAUCGGAGUGGUGAGCUGGCAGUGCGGGCUCUGGAGCAGUUUGCCGCUGUGGUGGAGGCCAAGCUGAUAAAGCACAAGAAGGGGAUCGUCAAUGAGCAGUUUGUGCUGCAGCGGCUGGCAGACGGGGCCAUCGACCUGUACGCCAUGGUGGUGGUUCUCUCCAGGGCCUCACGAGCCCUGAACGAGGGCUACCCUACAGCCCAGCACGAGAAAAUACUCUGUGACAGCUGGUGUAUUGAGGCUGCUGCCCGGAUCCGGGAGAGCAUGGCCGCUCUGCAGUCAGACCCCCAGCAGCAGGAGCUCUUCCGGAACUUCCGAAGCAUCUCCACGGCGCUGGUGGAGCAGGGUGGCGUGGUCACCAGCCGCCCCCUUGGCGUCUGAGCAUUCUCACCCAGGGCCUGGCCCAUCAGUGCCUUCUCUCAAGCUAAAGCCAGGCCCCCCGCCAGAACCCUGAGGGGGGCCUCGUAUUCCCAGAACUGUGCCUGCUCCCAGGAGCGCUGCCUCACAAAUACAGUUUCUAACAAGUCA